AUGACGAAAUCAACUGUUUUAAUACGACAAUGCAUGAUGACCAGGCCGCGCCGUGUGUCCACUUCAUCAUCAAACACGACAUCGACCUCGCCCCAGCGUCAUAAUGUAGCAGCACCAGCCGUCGUUACCAGUUACAAGCGCUUCGCAGAAAUCCCUGGCCCCUUAUCUCUGCCGCUGAUGAAACAUCAUGAACAUGUUCUGCCAAGAAUAGGAUGUUAUCACCACGCCGUCGGGCUGGGACUUCUGGACAGCUUGAGAGAUAAAUACGGCAAUUUAGUCCGCCUUGGCAAGACGACGCGUAAACGUCCAGUUCUUUAUGUCUUUGAUCCAAAGCUAAUGAGAGAGGUCUAUAAUAGUACAGCCACCGAGCCGCCAGUAUGGACCGGGUCACCGUUAGACGUCCAGAGAUAUGAAAGUAAUGGAUGUCCUAUGCAAAGAGAUGAGAUUAAGGCAAUAUGGUCCGCAUUGCAGAUAAUACUGCAGGAUGGUACACUACAGAAGAAUUAUGAAAAGGCAUUUGAUGGUAUUUCUGGUGACUUUUUGCGGAGAAUUGGCGAGUUACGACUCACGCAGAAUGCAUUGAAUGAAGAAAUAAAUACCGAGGUGUACCGAUGGGCGCUGGAGACGAUCGGAAUGAUGAUGUUUGGGCUAAGAUUGGGAUGCUUAGAUGGACCGGUUCACGUCCCAUCUGAAGAUAAUAGGCGGCCAGAGAAAACAUCACUAGAUGAUGAAAUAAAAGACCUCUGCUCGUUGUCACAAAGGAGCUUGGACGACCUAACACCAGCGGAACAGCUUGUCAGAUGCUCCUUGGAGAUUGCUGAUGAAAACUACUUACUGCGAAGUGAAGGCACACUGAAACCAGCCUCUCAAAGAUUUAAAGAUGCUGUAAAGGCAUUUGACAAGCAUUUCAGUCUUACAGAAGAGUUCCUUGCAAAGGCGCAAAAACAAAUGAAUUGUGGUGAAUUGAGACCAGAACAAAUUCUAUUUGAUAAACUAAAACCACUGGGGGACAAAAUGCUACCUAUCGCCGCAGAUGUCUUACUGGCUGGAGUGGAUCCACUAGCCCAAACUGCAUUGAGCAUGUUCUACCAGCUAUCUCUACACCCAGCACAGCAGCAGCGAGCUCACGACGAAGUUAUUUGGGCUAAAGCCUCAAAAGAUGCUGGCAUAGAUGCGCAUGAGUUGCCCUAUAUAACCGCUUGUGUCAGAGAAGCUAUGAGACUGAAACCUGUCACCGGAGGUGUUGUGAGACGAAGCAAAGAGGAACUAAUUGUUGAUGGUUACGAAAUUCCUGCUGGCGUCGACAUCGUGUUGGCACAUGGUGUUUCCAGCAAAACAGAAGAAGAGUGGGGCAGAGCCAAGUCCUUUAUACCUGAACGUUGGUGCAACGAGGGUUGGGCUCCAAUCAAAGCCUCAAGAGCCCAUUCUUUCGCCUCGCUACCAUUCGGACAAUCUUGUCCAGCCACUGGUAUUGUGGGUAACAUGUUGACAUCACUUGCCACCAGAAUGCUGGAUAAAUACAGGCUGGAAUGGCACGGUCCACAACCAAAGUUGGUUACAAGCGGGGUGAAUAAACUUCAACCACCAUACUACUACGUAUUACAGAAUGCUUCGUGA